AUGAUGCCCUUGAAUAACUUGUCUCUGUCUUCCCUUGGUUCCAUAAAGGAUAAGGAUUUACCUCCUAUUCCAUCGCCAGCAGCGUCUCCAGAAUCGAGGAUGUUUCCUAAGAUGACUGAAACGAAAGACAAUGGAGAAAUUUUAGAAGCUAAAUCGCUCAGGAGAAAGAAUUUCAAGAAGCUUUCUUUAGAGUCAUCACCUGCAAAGAAAAUGGAAGAGAAAUCGAGUAUAAGACUUGAGAUUCCUAGACUGAGCAAGAAUAAAGUGCGGCCGGCACCUUUACUAAACUUAAAUAGAGAAAGCUUUUCAAAGAACAAUCAGGAUGCUGUUUUGAGUAAGGGUAACCAAGACUUGUUGGAUCAAUUUUCUAAGUUAGAAUUAUCAAAUCUGAAGAAUAACGAAAACAGCAAGAUUUUUGGAGCCAAUAGAAAGAGACAGACUGUAAUAUCGUCAAUAUCUCCCACAAAGUCCAAAUCAAAUUCACCGGCAGAGGUUCUCAACCACUCAGUAGAUUUGACCUUAUCUGAUCAGUCUUCUCCUAUAUCAACAACGUCAUCUAUAAAAUUAAACAAUAAUGAUUUAUUAACAUUGAAAAAUUUGGGUUCGGGAAACUCUGGGACUGUUUCAAAAAUAUUGCAUAUACCAUCUCAAAAGACUAUGGCCAAGAAGGUAAUACAUAUCGAAUCAAAGAGUGUUAUUCAAACCCACAUUAUUAGAGAGUUAAAAAUAUUGCAUGAAUGUCGAUCACCUUACAUCAUUGAAUUUUAUGGUGCCUUUAUCAACAACAAUAAUACUAUUGUAAUCUGCAUGGAGUAUUGUAACUGUGGAUCUUUGGACAAGAUCUUAACAUUAUGUUCGCCAAAAAUAUUCCCAUUAUUUGUAUUGAAGAAGGUUGUAUAUUCAAUUUUGAGUGGAUUGGAUUAUCUUUAUAAAACUCAUAAAAUAAUUCAUAGAGACAUAAAACCGAGCAAUGUGUUGAUGACACAUAAAGGCGAGUUUAAGCUAUGUGACUUUGGUGUUUCCCGAGAAUUGACAAAUUCUCUCGCAAUGGCGGAUACUUUCGUAGGGACUUCAACAUACAUGUCUCCAGAAAGAAUCCAGGGAUUACAUUAUGGAGUCAAAUCUGAUAUUUGGUCAAUGGGUUUGAUGCUAAUAGAGCUUUCUAGUGGACUAUCUAUUUGGGCUGAUGAUACUGAGAGUGCAGCUCAACCGGAAGGGAUAUUAGAUUUAUUGCAAAGAAUUGUCAAUGAAACCCCGCCAACGUUAACGAAAAAGAUUAACCCUAUUAGCCAUACAAAUUAUGACCCGCUGUUGUGUGAGUUUAUAGACUUGUGCCUAGUGAAGGAGGAAAAGGAGAGAAAGAGUCCUUCCGAAUUACUUGGAUUGAAAACACCAUUCUUAUACGGAGUAGAACAGGGCGCUUAUGACAAAGAUGUAAAGAAAUGGGCAAAAGAAAUUAGAAAAUUGCAUAAAGAAAGACAUGGAGAAUCAUAA